GCUCGGGAUGCUGUGGCUGGGUCGAGCUGCCGGGUUUGGGCCAAGGACGGGGCAUGGCAAACGUGCGGGUGGCCCUGAGGGUCCGGCCCCUCAGCAAGAGGGAAACCAAAGAAGGAGGAAGAAUUAUUGUGGAAGUUGAUGGCAAAAUGGCUAAAAUCAGGAACUUGAAGGUGGACAAUCGGCCAGAUAGCUUUGGUGACUCUCGUGAGAAGAUUGUGGCAUUCGGCUUUGAUUACUGCUACUGGUCUGUCGACCCAGAGGACCCUCACUAUGCAUCUCAGGAUGUGGUGUUCCAGGACUUGGGGACUGAAGUUUUGUCUGGAGCUGCCAGAGGCUACAACAUAUGCCUUUUUGCCUACGGACAGACAGGUUCUGGGAAAACAUACACCAUGCUGGGAACCCCAGCCUCUGUUGGAUUGACACCUCGGAUUUGUGAGGGCCUCUUCAGCACAGAGGAAGACUGCCCCCCACAGCGGUCCUCCUGCAGGAUAAAAGUAAGUUUUCUAGAAAUCUAUAAUGAGCGGGUACGAGAUCUGUUGAAGCAAUCGGAUCAAAAAAAAUCCUAUACUCUGCGGGUCAGGGAGCACCCGGAGAUGGGACCCUAUGUACAAGGUUUAUCUCAACAUGUAGUAACCAACUAUGAACAAGUAAUUCAACUCUUGGAGGAUGGAAUAGCAAACAGAAUAACAGCAGCUACCCAUGUUCACGAGGCUAGCAGCAGAUCCCAUGCCAUCUUCACCAUCCAUUAUACACAGGCGACUAUGGAGAACAAUCUCCCCUCUGAAACUGCUAGCAAGAUCAACCUCGUGGACCUAGCAGGCAGUGAACGAGCAGAUCCAAGUUACUGUAAGGACCGGAUCACUGAAGGAGCCAAUAUCAACAAGUCUCUUGUAACUCUGGGAAUUGUCAUCUCUGCCUUAGCUCAGAACUCUCAAGUAUCCAGUGGCUGCCAGAGCCUCAGCAGCACGGCCAGUGGUGGUGACAGUGGGGUACCUAGCUCUCCUUCUGGAACUGGCAGUGGAGGGGGGCUCCCCCGGAGGCAGUCAUACAUCCCCUACAGGGACUCCGUGUUGACCUGGCUGCUGAAAGACAGUCUUGGAGGCAACUCCCAAACCAUCAUGGUUGCCACGGUGUCUCCGGCACACACUUGCUACAGUGAGACCAUGAGCACCCUGAGAUAUGCAGCCAAUGCCAAGAAUAUCAUCAACAAGCCACAGAUCAAUGAGGAUGCGAACAUAAAGCUGAUCAGAGAACUCAGGGAAGAGAUCGGAAGACUGAAGGCCAUGCUCCUGAGCUUCAAACUGAGAAACUUCAGUUCAUUGGUCGAAGAAAAAGAUGAAAAUCUGAAGGAACUGGUUCUCCAAAAUGAACUAAAGAUAGAUCAGCUGACAAAAGACUGGCGCCAGAAGUGGGGUGAGUGGAAGGUCCUGGUGGAGCAUUAUCGAGUGGACAUCAACAGGAAGAGGGCCGAGGUGGUCAUCAACUCCAGCCUGCCUCAUCUCAUGGCCUUGGAGGACGAUGUGCUCAGCACUGGGGUGGUGCUUUAUCACCUCAAGGAGGGGAUCACUAAAAUAGGAAGGAUCGAUUCAGAGCAGGAACAGGACAUUGUAUUGCAGGGUCAGUGGAUCGAGAGAGACCACUGCACGAUCACCAGUGCCUGUGGGGUGGUCAUUCUGAGGCCGGCUCAGGGCGCCCGGUGCACAGUCAAUGGCCGGGAGGUCACCACAUCCUGUCGUCUGACCCAAGGAGCUGUCAUCACCCUGGGGAAAGCUAAGAAGUUCCGAUUCAACCACCCUGCAGAGGCCGCAGUCCUGCGGCAGCGGAGACAGGUUGGAGAGCCUGUUGGUGGCAGCAGCGGCUCUUUGGAAUGGCUGGACUUGGACGGAGAUGUCACUGCCCCCCGCUUUGGUCUCUGCCCUUUGCUUUGCAAGGAAAGGGGAGCACUCCAAGAGCAGUGUGAGGAGGACCACCUGCCUCCCAGGACCAGAAAGCCUCAGCAGCAAAAACCUUCAGGGGGACCUUUGAGGCAGCAAGUUGUAGCAGGCCAAGGUCAAUCCCAGGAGGGCCUCUGGUGGCCCAUCAGAGACGACCAGCUCCAAGGAGAGCCCUGCCUGGCCAGCCUGCAGACUCAGCCACAGCAAGACCAUGUAGCACAGGAAGAACCCAAGGCCUCGGCACCAAGCGAUGCUGGGCCUGAGACAGAGCCUGAGACUCGAUCUCCCCGACUGGUUCAAAACGGGCAGAAGACAUUGCAACGGCAGCGCCCACGCCCACGGAGACACAGCCUCCGGGCAGCAGGGCGGCACAGCCGAAGGAAACGGCUCUCCAUCCAGCUGGAGAGAAUCUUCAAGAAGCAGAAGCUGUUGGCAUCUCAGAAGAGACUGGAGCAGCAUCAGGCCUUGUGCUGGCCCUGGAAUGACCAGACCUGGGUGUCCUUAUGCCAGGUUCCUGACCCUGACACCAUGGUUCAGGAUUCUCAGCAAAGCAGCAACUCAUCCACCAGCUGUAGUUCCCUGAGCCUCCGGGCACUCUGCAUCCAGUACCUGCGGCAGCUGGGCAGUGUUUUCCUGAAACUGGAUUCUUCUACCUCAUCACCUUCUAUACCUGACCGUCCUUACCAGAUAUCCCAGAAAACCUCAUCAGAGGAGCCCCAGGAUGUUUAUUACCCUCCGAGGUCAAGGCCCUUCAGCAGGAAUGUGCUGCCAUCCUCAGGCGAGGGUCAGCUCUACACUGUCAGGGUUGCCUUGGCCAGGAAGCGAAGCCCGGCCCCAGAUGCCUGCCUUGCCCUGAGCUCUGGGUUCACCAGCGUCUGGGAAAUGGAGAGGAGAGGGGCCAGACAGCCCUGCCAGAUGGUGUCCCAGAGCUCAGCAUCCUCACACUGUUUCCCUAUACAGUUGAAGCUGCAGGAUGAGGCCUCGGCCCUUGGCCAUCUCUCCCAGACCCGGAGGACUAAGGGACUUGUAGACUCAGGCCUCGGACCUGUAGGGUGUCGAAUUAGUGGGCCCCUGGGGACCCGCACAACUGCCAAGGGAGCUAGUGGCUGCUCUUUCCACCUCCCUGGCCCCAAACAGGCAGAUAGGCAUGGAAAGGCAACUAAGGCUUUCUGGAAACAUCCAAACACAGUUUCAGAAAGGGAGCACAUGGUUCACGCCACCAGAGUCACUGAUAUUACUAAAAAGCCCUCUUAUUUGCCACAUGGUAGCCCUCUGAAGGGGCAACACAGUGAAGGGGACCCAGACCCUGUGACCUCCUUGGCAGUUUGUUGCCCAGCAGUGGAUUCUGGAAGAGAAAAAGAUGAUGGUGAUUUAUCUGAUGCAGGGAGCAAUUACUCUGUGGAUUCUCUGUGCUAUGUCUGUUCCCAAGAACUAGCAGCACUGCAAAGGCCCAAGGCCUUGCAGGAGCAUGAGCAGGAUCUCCCGGAGCCAGAGAAUGAUGAAAGUGAUGACAAUGACGGUCAAAUAUCUGAGGACUCACUGGCUGAGAAGAGGUACCAGAGCCCGCAAGGCAGCCCAAGGGGCCACUGCAUUCCCGACUUCCCCUGCCAGCCCAGGACCAGAGCCCGAGCCUUGGCAAGGGACUUGACCACCUCCUCAAGCUGCAGGCAGGUGACCCCAGCUUCCAGAAGCUUUUCCCUGGAUAGUCUGUUUGACACUGAGGAGGAACUUGGGACAGAGCAACAAGAAGAACCUUCUGUUGGUCCAUCAGACGAGAUGCCCACUGAGACCUUCUGGCAUCCUCAGACCUCCAGUCUGCCCUGUGGACACCUAGUGGCCCAGGACACCAUAUGCGAGCUUGGCCUCAUCAGCCACAGAGCAGAAGUAAGACUGGAUGCCAUCAUGCCAAAGAACCAUUCAUUUCACCUUGAGCCCGAGCCCUGCUCUGAGCCACCUGUGUCAGAGGUGGGGGUGAGCUCCAGCUCCUGCGAACAAGCCAGUGCUCUCCAGGUCAUGCCGCCUCCCAGCGGGAGUCCUCUGGUGUCCCGGGACUCCUGGUUUUCCUGUGACUCCAAGAUCAACUCUGGAAGUUCUCCAGAGAUAGCGUGUUCUUUAUGCCCCAGUCCGGAGGUUCUGGAAUGCCAGCCCUGUGGUUGGAAGAGGCUGAAGGCGGAAGAGCCAAAGCCACCUGGUUUGCCCUAUAGUGCCAGCAUGUCCCAAGAUGGUGCUGAGUCGCUCUGCAGUGUUCGGGCUGCCUACACAAUCCCUUCUUGUGUGAUGUCUGGGCUGUCAUUCUGCCGGAGACACAGUCUGUGUAAUUCUGGAGCCGAGGGUACCUCUCAGGCCAGAGGGAUUCCUAGCAUGGCCCAGCAGGACAACUGCAAAGUAGCCAACAAUGCUAGCACAUCAGGUGUGUUGACACCACCUGCCCCCUCAUUCUCUUACACAGGUAGCCCCUGCAGCAGCGAGCAGGCUACCCUUCAGCAGAAAUACCCCCUGGAACAGUCUCAUUCUGUGUCAGGGGCCGUAGGAGGACCCCAGCCAACUUUUUCCUCACUUGAGGAAGAUAGCAGUUCCCUCACCCAAGUUUCUUGCAAGAGAGGUUCUCUAAUGCCCGUUACUCCUGGGCUGCCUGGUGGUCUGGAUUUCUGCAAGUCUCCUAUUCAUGGCUCCAAAAUUCAGCAUUUGAGAGCAGAGAAGGAAGCGCAUAGCUUGAGUGUUGAGUUAGAGGGCACUCCAGGUUUCUCUAUGAGUAGCAAAGAGGUGAGCUCUAAGGAUACCCACUCAGCAGCUGGAGUAUCAUCAGCCUCCAGAAGUACAAAGGUUUGGAUGGUUGCGGCCGACAUGGAGAGAGCAAACCAGAGAGCAGAGGCUUGGGCGCGUGGGAGAACUGACCCCUUCACGUCCUCUGAUCACUCCUCUUCCCUGAAAAACUCUGGGCACAGUAAUGUCAUUGUGGCCACUGAAGGAGGCCACUGGGCUCAGACCAGGGCUCCACCCUGUAGUGCUGGUCAGCCCCAGCAGGGGAGCUGUGCUGGGCACACUGGGCUGCAGAAGAUGGCCACCCCUUGGCAUGGCGCAGACACAGACACCCCCACUGCCUUUCUGUCUUCGGAGCUGUGUGUCCAGCCUGUCCCCUGGGACCCAUUCUCCUCUUCCCUGCAGCCACCGCCCUUGGAAACAUUCUAUCUGACCAGAAGUCGGGAUGCCCUGACAGAAACUGCCCUAGAGAUCCCAGCCUGUAGAGAGACGCAAGUGGCCUCGCCACCAGCCCGGGAAGCCUGGGGCUUUGGGUGCGAUGACCAGGCCCUUCAUAGGCCUGAUGCAGGGACUCACUUGUCAGUGUUGUUACACAACCCAGAUCCAAAGAUGGCCCCAUCUCAGUGGGAUUCAGCGCAGGGGCCCACGAAGCUGAAGGUGAAGGAUGUCAGCAGCAAAGUAGGGCAAUGCCUUGGAGGUAGUGACCAUGAUGGCAGUGAUCUCUUCCACUCUUUUGUUGCCCCAAAUAAACAUUUCCUCCUAUCUGCUGGUACAAAGGGAAGUGAAUUUAAAAGUCAUGUUGGAACCUUCAAUACCCACAGUCUUCCAGAAUUCCAGGUGGGUGAGCUGGCCACUGGACAGUCCUCUUGCAGAGUAUUUCCACAUAACGAGCUUAGGAAGAGUCCCCUUGCCUGCAUUACUCAGACAUCUGGGUCGGAAGAGCAGACCCCAGAUGGUGCCCUCCAGCAAACGCAGCACUGUGAUACAGACACACAUCUCCCUUCUCCAUUCAGGCCUGGCUUUAUCUGCAAAACCUUCAACUUUGAUCUUGACAAGGACCUGCCAGGGGAACACGGUGCUCCUGCAAAGGCCAGUCCGGUCCACCGCAACAGAGUCGGCCACCCCAAGAUGGUGGCCUGGGAUGAAAGUUCAGCCCCCAGGGAUGAAGGGAAGCAUGAAACGAGGCUUCCUGGAAGAGCUCACCAUCUCGAAGAAGAGGGAGUACCUCGAGGGGCAGAGUCUUCGAGUGAGAGGUUCCAGGAAGUCACGUGUUCUCAGGACUGUGGCCCCAGUGAUGACAAAGGCUCUGGGAGGACACCAGAAACAUCCAACCUCCAAGCCGCCACCUCUGGGAAGAAGCCGCGAGUUCCUGACUUCGAGGAGAUGGCCAGGCUGAUCAGGAGCGUGAAGCAGCUGGAAAACGACAUCCUGGAGAUGGAAUGCAAACAAGACCAGCUGUUGUCUGCCUCCUACACCCUGGGAACCAGUGAGGAGUCGGCGCUCCUGGACCAGAGGCGGCAGGAGGUGGCUGACCUUGUGCACAUGCUGAGGAGCUCUGAAAGUCACUUGUCCUUCAGAGUUCCACCAUCUCCUCCCAAACACAGCAGCGACAUGCUCUUCAAGAGGAUGGAUGCUAGAGAAAUGGGGCUUCACAGUAGCACUGAGCACGAGCCCUGGGACCAGAAAACCAUGCUGAGCCCUGCCAGGCCAUGGGACUGUGGACAAGGUGCUGCACGUGUGAGAGAGUACCCCCAGUCCACUGCGCUGGACACACUGAUAGUCUCUAGUGAUUAUCUAGAGUCAGAGCCCACUUUUAGGAGUACCCCCAGAGCUUCUGCUACUGCAUGGACAACAGAAGUCUUGGCUAGAGCACUGCCACUGCAAUCUAGGACCCAGAGUUCUUCUGAGAAGGACAAUGAGCAGGCACAAGCAUCGAAAAGCCCCAGAAGGCAGCCAUGUGGCCUGGGGAGGCCAGAGGAACCUCAGCCUGCCAAAGGCUCUAAAGAGAGCCAGGCAGCUGGAUGCAUGAGCGGGUCUAAGAAGGAGGAGCCACAAGGUCAGGGCAGCAUAGCCGUGGGCGUGCAAAGAGGAAGGCGCCUACGGAAGGGAAGGCAGGUGGUCUCCCCGACUCUGCACCUUCUUUCUCGGGGUCUGUAUCACAAUCAGGAGACCAGCCCUUUGCCGAGCCUGCCUGACUCUUCCACCGCUUCUCCCCAAGAUCUGAGCAGCACCUCCCCCUCCGUCUCUCCUCGGCGGCUCCGAAGCUACCUCCACGCAUCUGACACUUUCAGCAGCCUCUCUUCGGAGGAGUGUGUGCUGGCGGCCUCAGCGCCCAGAGAACCUGGCAGCCCCUCUGUGUCUGGUGCUGGACUUCAGGACCAGGGUGGACAGACCAGGGGCCCUGGCCCGCACGCAGAUGGUGGAGGCAGCUCUUCUGCACCAUAUUUUGCUGAUGCUGGGUCUGUGACAGCUGCCCUGCAGGGGUCUCGGCAUCAGCCCAGUGUUUCUGAGGGCACUGCCCAAGGACCAGAGGGCAGGGUACCAGCAAACUCUAGCCCUCCAGACCCUGGAGGGGGCGUCAGAACUAAUUCCAUGGGCACGCGGAGCAGGGUGGGUUUUACUGAAGCUGACACAGCUGUCCAAAGAGACGUGAACCCCAGCCAACCUACACAGAGAACCCACCACCCAUGGGAAAAGGGGAGCAGGGAGACGCGGCAGAAGGAAGAGGAGGAGGCCAUGGACUUUGGUCCUGGUGAUGCUGACCCCACCCUGCUGGCCCUGCCCAGGUUUCCUAACCCUAAGCUCUGUGCCAAGCGUGUACCCCAGAACCUGGAUGCACUGGAGGAGAGCCAGUGGCUAAAGGCCCUGGGGAAGCCGCAGUGUGACACACUCCUUCCUCACUAUGAAACACUGUUCGAACUGGAAUAUCUGUUGGACAUCCCUGCCAGGCCUCAGUGUCAACAAGUAGAUGGACAAGGCAGGACAAGGCCUGAGGGCACAGCUCAGGGAUUUCAUGGGACACCCCUCCAUGCCAACUCAGCACAUGUGGCAGCAGAGGAGAAGGGUGUCCUGCCAGCCACACGGCUCCCUGCAGAUAGUCCCACAUCUCUGGCCACCCCUGAGACCCAGACACGACCAGGGCCACCCUCACACACUCCCUCCCAUGCUGCCCCUGGGCUGGGCAGAAGCUGCUGCGUGAGAGAACCCAGUGAUUUCCUGGGAGCAGGUGAGCAGUACGCUUGUCACCUUUACUCUUCUGAGACCAGAGAGAAGGAAGCAACCGGAACCUCUUGCUUUGCUGGUUCCUUGGGCUCAGACAGUCUUCCCUCCUCGGCAGCUGUCAAGGAGGACAGGAGGGCGAAGGAAGGAGUGGAGGCCCCUUCUGCCAGCCACGGGGCAGUUCCUCAGGGGCAGGGCCUGUCCUUGGCUGCUCCAGAGACUACAGUGGGCAGGGGAGAGAGCCACACAGCGCAACAGGGCCUGCCCACUCCGGGCACCACAAGUGCAGGCUCAGAUGAUAUGGGCGUCAUGGCCCCACAGACAGGGAAAAACACCCAUUUUGAAAGAGAGCUUGUGAGAUGUGAUCCGUAUCCUGCGAGACUCUCGCGACUGAACCCAGACGAUGCCCCAUGUCUUGAGGCCUCCAUCAGCACGGAUGGAGGGAAGGCGGGUUCCAGAGCAGCCCUGGAAGUGCCCUCCCUGCAGAGGUGGACAGCGGGGAGCCUCGGCUCUGUGUCUGCAGAAAUCUGCAGGACUGGCAGUGAACCUUUGAGGCCAACUCUGCUGGCAGGUGUAGGAGCUGGCCAAGACCCCCAGGAAGUGGGGGAGAAGGUCUUGUGCAGCCGUCAGGAGCAGCCCUGCGAUGCUGAAUUCACAGGAAGCAUCAGGAAACAUGACGAUGGCAGUGCUUGGAGGCCCCCUCCCAUGGGGCGAGGCCACAGUCCCUCUUGUGUUCCCACUACCAGGAGGACAAUUUCCCCUGACCACUCAGUUGCUUCUGGGAACUCAAGAUUAGUGGGGGACGCAGAGUCCAGUCAGGCACCUUCUAUAGUUUUUGGUGAGAAGAAAGGCCAUGUGGAGCUUGAGGCCCCUGCUCUCCCCACAGAGACAAUCCUUGAGACACCGGGGGAGUUUCAAGACAGCUUUGGUGAUUGCCAGAAAGCACGGGUGUCUCAAACCGUAUCAGAAACUUCUGGAGCCCCAGGGAUACCACACAGCUUCAGUUCAAGUCAAGGAUCUGUGGAGUGUGAGCUGGCCUUGGAAUGCUCAGAAAACAUCCCAAGAAGCUUUCCAGAACAACCAUGUCUUGCCACCAGGUCCAGGGAUGACAGUGUCAUGGCUCUCCAAGCGAAGCUGGCAGCAAAGUUAAAGAAAACCUCCAGUCCCCAGACUGACAGCAGCUGGGAGGAGGAAGAACAGCAGAGCGCGCAGGCUGCUGGGGCCAGUGGUCAGGGCCUGAGUGCCCUGUCCUCGGAGGACAGCCCCAAAAGCUGUCAGGGUGAUGAUGUGGGCAGAGAGAAGGUGGCUACAGCCCAGCCUCCUGCACCCCAGAUGUUCCCAUCACACUCCAGAGAUGUUGCCGCUGGGCCCUGGGAACAGAGCAGGGAAUCCCAGGUCCCUGCCCAGCACCGGCGCUCACUGCCUGUGAUUGCCGUCUUCCAUGGACCCGAGCCUCCCGGGGCCUCCUUCCAGCCACGCUUCUCUGUGGUCAGCUCUUCCCUGUCUCUUCAGAAGCUGAACCUGGGCAUGGAGCCUCCUUCUUCCACACACGAGGAGACACGGGAUCCCAGCAGAACAUGGAACUCACAACCCGAGACGCAUCCCUCAGAAAAGUCGGUGGAAAGGAGGUUUCCAACAGGGUGUGGUGGCAGGCAAGAAGCCAGGUGUGAGGCUGGUGACCAGCCCCUGCCUGCUGCCCGCCCUCCGUACCCAACCUCUCCCUCGUGCUCAUGCAUGCCCACCCCUGAGCUCCUGGCCAGCUGGCCAGCUGGUGCCCUGGAACAGGCCUCAGAGAGAUGGGCUGGCCGGGCCGGGCCAGAGGAGGGGCACUCUACAGAGGAAGAGCACUCUACAGCCAGCAGGGAGGUGCUGUAUUUUGGUUCCAGCAACCUCAACCUCUAUGAUCCACACGUGUGCCUUCAGGAGCCUGCAUGCAUCGGCUGGAAGCAGUAUGUGUUCAGCAGUGCCCAUGACGUCUCCCAGAAUCAGAGCCACCAGGGUGCAAUCCCAGGGAGUGUGGACCGCUGUGCCAGCAUGAGUGAGGGCAUGGCAGGGCAGGACUUGCUGCUCAGUGCCCACCUCAGCACCUAUGUCCAGAACCUGUCACAUACUCACAGCAGCAAUGAAAACUCCCGGGCUUCACAAGAGUCCUGGGAAGCAUGCGAUUCCUCACUGGACUUGGAGAACCUCCCUAUUCCGACCUGUCCUGAUGGAGCAGCCCCCAAAAAGAAUGCGGACAAGAAAGUGCUGUUCCUGGGCACCCCCGGGGUGGCUGGCAGGGCCAUGGGGCCUGCUAAGGAGCCGGUGCCUCUGUGUCCACCCCAGGGGGCUGGUUGUGCGGGCCAGGCCCCGCAGUGCAUCCUGGAGCAGAGUACACAGACAGGCUGUAGGGAGGCUUCUGACAGCAUGGUGCCCAUUGCCAACGUGGUCUCCUGGGACAGCGUGCACAGCCUGUCUCUCCAUCUCUCCCAGCUCCUGCACAGCACCUCAGAGUUGAUUGAGAGUCUCUCCCAGCCAGGCGUGGCUGAGAAGGGGCCUGACGUCAAGAGAGAGAGACUGGAGGAAUUGUCCCCGGCUCUCCGGAUGGACGGCUGCACUCAGACCACUGUGGAUGAGGGCACCCAGACAGACCCAGCCCAGUCACCUCUGCGCCCCCACACCCCAGAGGCUGACCCACAGGUCAGCGUGUUCCUUGAAGUGCUGGACUCGGACAACUUGGCCCGAUCUCAAGAAAGGGGGUAUGUCCCAGAGACACAGCCAAAUGGUGAGUUGGAGGAAAAAAUAGCAUGGAAGAUGGCAGAGCCUUCCGAUCUUCAGAACGAACACCCCCACUUCAGGCCCUUGAGCACUCCCCCAACCUCAUUCCACUUGAAGUUUUCGGAAGGUCUCUUUGGGCAGAACCUCCUAUCUACAAGUCCCCAAGCUUCUGCUGCCUCCCUGACCCCCAGCUCCCAGAAAGAGAAAUUGCUUUGCCUGGCCGUCAGCAGCCUUGACCUCAGGCCCUGUCCCCAUGUUGCCAGGGACCCUACCAGUGCUGUGUUGGUAGACAGGGCCACCUCCCCCAUCCUCACACUUAGUUCUAGCACCCACAGGCUAGGUCCUGGUGCUCUGUCCUUUCCUUCCCGCCCAGCUCACUCUCCUGAAGACCUUGAGAGCCUGGUCCCCAGCCCAGGUCUUCCUCAGGAUGGGCCCCAGCCCACCAGGGGAGAUUUCCCGAAUGCUGAGGAGUUGGAGAGCUGCCUGAGGACUUUGCGUGAGGUCACUGGCCCCUUGGAAAAAUGCUGUCAGGAAGGGCGCUCCCUGGGGAGCCCACAGCAUAGCCCCAAACUCCAGGUGCCUUUUAAGGCAGAAGUCCCGCAGCAUCUUCAGCCCCAGACCAGCCUCCAUGUGCAGACCCCAAGCCCAGGGCUGGCCCAGGGCUCUCUGCCUGAGGAUGUGGCUUCCCUGGACUGUGGCCAACCCAGCGACAAGGAACUGGGGCAGUGUCAGAGUCAGAAAGAAGAUAGCGGUGAGACUUCAGCACCUCCAAUUGCACCUCACCUCACCCCAGGGCUCUCCUUGCUGCAGGGAGAACCCCAACAGCAUAGUCCGUGCUCUGUCUCUGAGCUGACAGGUCCUCAAGGGCUCACGGGAUCCAACCCUCAACCUGAGGGGCAGCUGCUGCUGUGCCCCAGUUCCCAGAUGAGCUGUGACCCCGAGCUCCAGCCUCCUGGCCUGAGGGACCUCCCAGUGCACAAUAAAUUCAGUCAUUGGUGCGGGGUUCAGGAUGGUGCACUCGGGACGGAUGUGCAGGGAACCAGCUGUGAUCCUCACUCCUGGGAGCAGAGUGGACAGAGACCCCCACAGCCUCUGGAUAGCCUCAGCCGGGUUCCUGAGCGGUCUUUACGGGAACUGAUCCCCCUGCAAGUCGGAACCCAGAGCCCCUCUCUCAGCGUGGAACUGGCCGAAGCAAAGCUGCACCAUGGUUUCGGGGAGACGGACGCCUUGCUGCAGGUGCUGCAGAGUGGCACAGGGGAGGCACUGACUGCUGAGGAGUCCCAACAGCCUGCCCAGGAGCAGCUCUCCACCCGGCAAACCAUCGUUCCCCAACUUCAGAGUGAGCAGGCUGAGCAGCCCCCAAACCUCCGCUGGCCUCACAGCCUCAGCCCCCACAAAAAGCCCCACAAGGACCUGCUCACCCGAGGCCUUGACUUGCCCAGCAGACGUCGGGAAUACCUGCAGCAACUGAGGAAGGACGUGGUGGAGACCACCAGGAGUCCAGGGGUGGCUCAGAGGUCCACUCAGCCACCCUCUGACAUCGAGCUGCUGCUUCAGGAAUACCAGCAGGCCCGCGAGGCAGCCAAGCAGGAGAUUGUGCAGGCACGGGCCCGCCUGCAGGAGCGGACAGAGCAGGAGAAGCUGAGAAUCCGCCGGCAGAUCAUUUCCCAGCUGCAGCGGGAAGAGGAGAAACUCCACCUCUUGGCCACCUCCAGCUCACUCUGUACCAGCUCCAAUGCUAGCUUCUCCUCUGUACUCACUUCUGGCUACAACAGCAGCUCGGUCAUACAGCUCCUGUCCCCAGAUAGCAUGGGAGACACAAACUUGCCUGAUUCCAGAGAUUCCUGGAGAGGAGACAUGCGGUGCUGCUCUGCAGUGAGGAGCAGCAACCGGAACCGGGUGGGGACAUCCUGGAAGAGUGUGGCCAGCGGUAACAGAACCUCUGUGGGCAGCUGCUGCUCCCCAUCCAGCUUGUCCAGCGCAGGACCCCACUUCUCAUCCUCUUACCAGGACCUUGCCAAGCACAUCGUGCACAUCUCCUUGGCAGAUGUAAUGGCCGCUUGUUCCAAUAGUCUGCACAAUCUGUUCAAUCAUCAUGAAGCAGCUGGCUGGAAGUACCUGGGCCAGGAGCAAGAGGUGCAACUUUACCACAAAGUGUUUUCUUCUACUCGCCAUGGCUUCCUGGGUGCAGGCCUGGUGCUGCAGCCCCUGUCUCAUGUGUGGGCAGCUGUGAGCGACCCCACUCUGUGGCCCUUGUAUCACAAGCCCAUCCAGACAGUGAGGCUGCACCAGCGGGUAACCAACAGCAUCAACUUGGUGUACCUGGUGUGUGACACCACCGUGUGUGCCUUGAAGCAGCCGCGGGAUUUCUGCUGUGUCUGUGUGGAAGCCAAAGAGGGACACCUGUCUAUAAUGGCAGUUCAGUCUAUAUAUGAUCCCUCUAUGCCAAGACCCAGCAGAGAGAUGAUCCGUGGGGAGAUCCUGCCCAGUGCUUGGAUCCUGCAGCCUAUGGCUAUGAACGGGAAGGAAAUCACCAGAGUCAUCUACUUGGCCCAGGUAGAACUCGGUGCUCCUGGCUUCCCUCCUCAGCGCCUAAGUUCAUUCAUCAAGCAGCAACCACUGGUGAUAGCCAAACUGGCUUCCUUCCUGGGCAGUUAAGCAUCUCUUGGUCAUGAUGGUGCUCCAGAGCCACUGGGGCAGUUCCUCUUCCAUACUGAUGCAAGAGUCCCCAGCGACCCGUGUGGCCCGGUGGACAGUUAGCACUCUGGCCAAAAUGCCAGCAAAGCCCAGUGUCCAUCCUGUGUCACAGCUGGCACCACUGCAGAGCAAGAGGGCUGGGCUUCUGGCCAUCCUAAAUGAAUGAGGUUCAACUCACCUUUAUUUCCCACCUCUGGGACCCUAUAGCAGAAAGUUGCUCCAAAACGAGGAUCGUGCUCUGGCUCACUGGGGCUGGCAGGAGACAAGCAACCAUUGGACAAGAUUUUGCUUGAUACUCAGCUCCACUGUGGGAUGGAGUAUCAGAAAAUAACCAAACCAGAAUAUCGAGUUAAAGUGGGUUUUUCUUGAAUUUUUAUAAAAUGCUUCAUUAUUAACUUUGAAUUCCUUCCUCCCCACUGUCAAAACAGGCUGGUCAGAGUGGGGGGACCUGGUGGUAGGGGCACCCUGACCAGACCAGAGGAACUUCAAAUGAGACCAUGAAGAUAAGGGCACUCAUAGGUGACCGAGUUGUCAGGGGAAAGAGCAUCCUCUUCCUUACCUUGCCUGACAGCCUUUGGCCUCACCAGCAAAGAUUCUCUCGGGAAUUCCAUGCUGCUGUUGUACCCCACCUAUUCCAGGAUGGGAUAGAGAAUGAUUUCAGUUUUCUUGUACUUAAAGUUGAACUUUUAGUAUUCUGUAUGGUUACCUGAAAGUAGUGGGUUGGGCUGCCCAGAACCUUUGAUGGAAAAAGAUAACUCAGUGGGGAUGAGAAAGCAGUCAAAAGCCAGAUUUCUGUACAGCAUUACAGAGAUUCAGGGUUUAUUUUUCUAUAAAUGAGGGAUUUUCCUUCUUAACCUUG